GCGCAGGUAAAAUGCCUGUGCAGACCUCAACAAUUAAAUCUAUAGAGAAUGAAUUGGAUUGGCACCUUGACGUGUUGCAGAUUUUUCCUUUUAUAAGAGACCUGGUGUUACUUCUAUGAAUUUAUUCGAUCAAUGUAAAGUGUUUGUGCGGAGCCUUCCUGGUUAUGGACUGAGUUCUAAAUCGCUAGCAAGCUAACUUUUUAGAAUAGUGGAAAGGCCCUGUCUGUGAUAGUCAAAAUAUGUUGCUGCAUAGCUGUUCUACGGCUUAUUGUGUGCCAGUCUGUAAACGUCGCUAGCUAAACACAGCUAAUGUUUAUGUAUUUUUUUGUUGCUUGUUUCUGCAUAUUCGCUGUGCCUUCACCAUAUGUGACGUUGGGGCAAAUUAAUUCCGGUGAUGCUAAACAAUAACGUUUGUCUGCGACAUAGCCUACAACAUUUGUGUACGACAAAGCUACGAAUUUAAUUCGCCUUUUAAAGACGUUGAACAGUUUGGUCAACUAGAAGUAUGUUAACACAAUCGCUGUGGUCACGUGAAUCGAUGUGUUGUUGGUUCCUAGGCAAUUAACCUAGCCCCAUCUAGAGACACGGUCGUACCUUUAAGCUAAUCAGCACCUAAUGCGAUCUGACAGUGGUGAGCAAGCUCGCUGACGAGUUACAAUUUCAGUCGACGUCAACCACUUCAAGACAGAAAGGUGUAUUCUCGACUCGAUAGGCAUUUCAUGUUGUGUAGUCGACUGCACGUGAGUUUACACACGAGUCACUGUUCUUAACAGCAACAACUUCAUCCCUGUAUCAACGUCCAUUAAUGAUAAGCUUGCUUCCAAGAAAAGAAUGGCAUUGCAGUGAUGGGUCAGGAGGCAGGAAAGUCAGCCUGGCCCAGACCAGCCAGUGGCUAUCAGACCAUCACAGGAAGGCGAUAUGGCAGGAGACACGCAUAUGUCAGCUUCAGGCCCACUCCAAGCAAGCGCAGAGGUAUAUCCAACAUAGAAUGGCAGGAGAUGGAAAUGAACAAUGUCUGUGGGGAACAAACUAUAGCUUCAAAGGGGAACAUCUCCUUAAGGCCUCAAGUGAUCCUCCCUCUCUCGUCCCCAAAUUUGAUACACCCAGAGUUGACGUCGGCAUCUGACAAGGACACCCACCACAGAAAGCGGUCCCCUAGGAGACAGAGCAUAGAUGACUCCUCCAGCCAUCACAAGACUCUGAAAAGUUGUCAAGUUGCAGCAUGUGACAUGGAACAUUAUUUUGAUCUAGAGGAAUUUGCUGAAGCAAGUGGUGGGGCCACAGCUGCAGAAGAAAGCAAAAAUCCCUCCAAAACAGGGGUGCUGAGUCUUGUGAAUAUGGACGCUUAUGAGCCAGACAGCAGUGGGAGUGAGGAAGAGGGUUUGGGCCCAGGCCAACGUCAGAAUAUUAACAAAAGGCUAGACAGUAUGAUAUGUGGAUUAGAGAGAGACUUUGAAUACCUUAACGGCUUGCAUUCCUAUCUACAUGCAAAAUCAUGUAACGAGAUGGACUACUCACACCAUGAGGUGCCUUCAGAAAGCUUGACAGAAACAAUUCAACAGGAACUGGUUUCUCCAAGGACUGUUAGAGUAAAUGAUGAACUCAGCCAAGUAGAGAAAUGCAGUGUUCCAGCUAGUGUUCCAGCUGAUUCUCUCAAAGGUGUCGGGCUUUUGGGCGAAGAAGAAACAGCUCAGUCUGAGAUUGUGGUCAGGCCCAAAAUCCGAAAGCGCCCGAACGAUGCCUGCCUCAAUAAGAGUAAAUGCCCACAGGUUGAGGAAACCCAUGGUAAAACUGGCAGGAAGCUUUUAAAGCGCACGUGUGGUUCAACACCACCGUUACUCCUCAGGUCACACAGGCCUAACACACAGUCACUUUUGGACACCCCCCCUGCUCACUGCAGUGAGCUUAGCUCUUGGGGACGGAGAAGGGAAGAGGCAGAAGCAGAGUGUUAUGAGAAGGGAAAGACAAAAGACUACGGGGAUGAGAAUGACUACUGGGAAGAUCUGGAAGACUUGAAUGAGAAGUGCCCCCCACCUGCAGAGGAUGAAGAAAGCAGCUCGGAGUGCAGCGAAGGCGAGUGGUCAGCCUCCUGGACGUCAGAGUCGGGCUUGGAGAAAGAGAGGGCGUCCAGUGAGGAAAGCUGGGAGACUCUGCCAGGGUUGGAUGAGCUGCAGAGCUCUAGCAGCAGUCUGGAGGACACGCCCCAGCUCAACUUAACUCCAGGAGAGCUGACUACUCUAGAGGAGGGUGAGAUACCGUGGUUCAUAUGUAAUGAGGAGACCGGCAGCAGUAGUGAUGAAGAUCCAGAGGGUGUGAGUCAGUUUGUACAUCCUGGCCUCUUCCUCCUCGACAGUAACAACAACCUAGAGGAUGAUUCCAGCGUGAGUGAAGACCUGGACACAGAGUGGAGGUUACUUGAUGACCUGGAGGGUGACCUUGCCAUCGCUCAGGCGCUGUCUUACGCCGACCCUCAGCAGCUGGCAGAGGCCAUGGAGGCAGCCCUGGCUCAUCUGGAAUCUCUGGCCAUAGAUGUGGAGCAGGCUCACCCCCCAGCCACAGAGAAUGUCAUCGAGUGUUUGCCUCAGAUAACCGUGCUGGAUGAGCACAGUGGACAGGAGCAGUGUUGUGCCAUCUGCUGCUGUGAGUACGUCAGUGAUGAGAUCGUAACCCAGCUGCCAUGUCAACACAUGUUCCACAAACUCUGUGUCACACUCUGGCUCAGGAAGUCUGGAACAUGUCCUGUGUGUCGUCAUGUUCUCACACCUGCGCUGACAGAACCCAGGUCCUUCAUGUCUGAUCAGGACAGCUCAGCAACCAAUCAUAGCACAGCAGGGACACGGUGAACUCCUUCAUGUCAAUCAAAUGCCCCGUUUAGAUUUAUACAAGCAAAUAUUCCUCUGAGAAUUUUUUUCUCUCUUCAUUAAAGAUCCGCAAUUAUUGGUUUCAUUAAUUUAGUUCUUCAUAUUGCAUUUUAAGGCCAAAAGUGGCAUUAAAAAAGUUAUUUUCUAAGAAAGUAUGAUUUCAAUCUUCAAGGCACUGUUUCAGUUUUAUAUUAGAAGAUGGUUUUUCCAUUUCAGUUAUGUUGAUUACUGUAGCCCUUCACUUACUAAUACAAAUAAAAAAUGUCCUUAGACAAAAGAAUAGCUGUUUAUGUAACAAUAACCAGAAGUCAAACACAGUCAUCUUUUGAAUCUACUGUUAAAUAAAGGCUCUUGUGGAAA